AUGGAACACCAUUUGGAAACACUAACCAAAACAGCGACCUAUACAAUAUUUUCUAAUUCCAAUCUAAAUUCUGUAUUCCACAAUAAGAACAAUAAGAAAGUAUUUUUAAAAAGAGCUAAUCAUCACCAACUACAACAACAACAACGAAAUCACUUCUGUGCUCAUCAUCACAAAUGUGUUUCAACAAAAUACCUUUUACCGAAAUGCAUAAUAACAACAUGGAUGAUAAUGGCAUGGCUGACGGCAGUAGUAGAUGCGGCGCCGCCUCAUGCUGCUAGUAGUGAUAAUAAAGUCAAUCGUGCCGCCUGGCCUCCUCUGAAGCACCAUGACAUUUGGAACGAUGAUAUACAGGAUUUAGGGGCAACGGAAAAACAUCAAGGUGCUGAUGAUUACAGAAUUUAUGACGAUGAGCCUACGCACCAUGUCAACUAUAUGAAAGCGGUUGCCAACGAUUCGUUACAAACACUAAAGGAUUUUAAUUGGAAUUUGUAUUCAUUAAUGAAUUCAACGUCUUCAACGACCGCGAUCAUCAAUAGCUUAAAAGAUGUUAAUUUUCGACGACAACAUCGAGUGAUUCAUUUGUUUCCCGUACCUGUGGAUGGCGAGUGCUUAUCCAACGAUGGUCGCCGUACUGGCACCUGUUUCAAUGCCUAUGAAUGUCGCAGCAAAGGUGGACAGGCCAAAGGUGAAUGUGCUCAUGGCUUUGGGGUUUGCUGUAUUUAUAUUGCCAAUUGUAAUGAAACGAUUAACAACAACAUUACAUACCUGGUAUCUCCUAGUUUUCCAAGUUUCAUGCCCAACAACAUAACCAACUGUAAACUGAAAAUCAAAUUGAUGAACGACGAUAUAAGUCAGUUGCGUUUUGAUUUUUACCAUUUCAUAUUGGGGCAACCGAAUCGUCGAACGGGAGUUUGUGAUGGAGAUGUAUUCAAUGUCACGGGUGGACCGGGUGGCACAUUUUCGUUGUGCGGUCAAAAUAGUGGACAACAUGUUUACUAUGAUGUUGGGGGAAGAAUGGCUGCCAGACAGACACUGUACGGUUCGUUAAGACCCCUGCGAUUUGAAGAUUUAUAUCCGGGACGCAAUAUUACCGGAGAUACUAGCAUGGAAAUUGAAAUCAGUUUACAUUUUGCACCAAGAUUUCUACCAACUCGUCUAUGGGAAAUUCGUAUUGCCCAAAUACCUUUUAGCCAACGAGCACCGGCUGGUUGUUUGCAGUAUUUUACAGGUGCGGAAGGUGUUUUUCAGACUUUUAACUUUGCCGAUAAUGGACGUCAUCUAGCUAAUCAAAACUAUCGCAUUUGCAUGCGACAAGAAGUUGAUAUGUGUUCGAUUGUGUACCAACCUUGUGAUGAUCAGUCAUUUCGCAUUGGACCCAGAACGUCAAUGAGACUAUCGACAGCAACACAAAGUGGCGGUGUUAGUAACAAUGGUAUGGGCACAGGUGGAGGAGCCGCAAUGCCACCGAAUAUUAUGAAUAUGCCCUCGAUGGGAAGUAUGCCAAUUAUGAAUCAAAUGCUGAUGUUGUCUGAUGACGCAAUGGACACAAUGACUAUGACCACCACCCCUAUGACAACAGCAACUACUCCCGUGAGUACCUCGUCUUCUGCUAGCACAAUGUCAACGUCUACAUCUACGGCAGCUACAAUGUCUUCUACAACCUUUACCUCAACAGCAUCCACUACAACAUCCACUUCCACUACAUUAUCAUCCACCACUACAACAUCAACUACCACUACAACCUCUGCCCCCGAUGAUGAUCCCGAUGAAAGUUCUGAAGCACCUACUUCGUCGACAAUGACAGCCACAACAGCUACGAUGGCGACAUCAACUUCGUCUGUGGCACCAGACCCGACAACUUCAACUAGUUCGUCGUCAAGUGCAGACGAUCCUGAUGAAAGUUCAGAGAGCGAUAUGUUAUCAACUACUACUGCCAGAUCUUCUACCUCAACCACGCAAACAACCAUUUCUACAACCACCGCUCUUAGUGAUGAUGUUGAGGGUUCUGGCGAUGGUGAUACCAGAUUCCGCCCAACACCAUCAGAGGUAUCCAAACGACCACGCCCAACAAGUGGUGGUUUCGAUUUAUUAGGAUUUUUACGAACGGCUUUUGAAUUGAGAUUUCGCAGUGCAAGGCAGGCACGAUUUUUAACGGAAAGACAAAAACGUCAAUUUUAUAGUAGUUGUCGUGAUCGAAUUACAAUGCCUUGCAUUGUGGAAGAUUUCAUUGGGACUGGGCUUGGUCCGCUGCCAGGCUGUGAGCCCGUACACUGUGGAAUGCAGUUUUGUUCAAAUGGAAUGUGGCCAUGUCGCAUUGAAUCGACAGUAACUCCGUUCUAUGUGGGAAUUCAUUUCGGCGAUGGUAGAGGAAAAGGAAGCCCGGAAGACAAUAUUGGUGCUUGUCUACGUUAUCAACAAAUACAAUGCAUGUAAUCGUAUUAUA